AUGUCUGCUUCACGGCGACUCUCCCAAAUCGCAGGACAGACGAGGAACGCUUCGAACGGCACGAUGAAGGAAGCAGUGGUUGCGAAAGGCCCGAAGGUCACGAUACAAGAUGCUCCCAUCCCGAAGCCUGGUCCCUACCAGGUUGUGACCAAAGUCGUCUACAGUGGGAGCAAUCCUAAGGACUGGAAACGACCUCAGACCAUGGCCGACAAGCCUCCAGUCAAUCAGGGCGAUGAUAUCUCAGGCUACGUCCACGAAGUUGGCGAGCAUGUCUCAGAGUUUAAGCCAGGCGACAGAGUCAUUGCUUUCCACGAGAUGAUGAAGCCUGGAGGAUCCUAUGCCGAAUACGCUCUUUCUUGGACUCAUACAACUGCCCAUCUUCCUUCGAAGACUAGCUUCCAAGAGGGAGCCGCGAUUCCCCUCGCAGCUCUGACAGCAGCUGUCGGCCUCUUCGCUCGUCUUCGACUCCCCGAACCUUGGCUCCCAGUGACGAAACCAACCCCUCUCAUCGUCUACGGCGCCGCCUCAGCAGUAGGCGCUUAUACGAUCCAACUCGCUCAAAAAGCCAACAUCCACCCUCUCAUCUGCGUCGCCGGUAAAGGCAUCCCCCACGUCGAAUCGCUCAUCUCUCCAGAAAAAGGCGACAUCAUCAUCGACUACCGCAAAGGCGAUGAAGCCGUCGUGGAAGGAUUUCAAGAGGCGAAGAGCAAGCAUGGAAAGAUUGAAUACGCCUUCGACGCUGUGAGCGAGAAGGGCAGUUAUCAGAACAUCUGCAAAGUGUUGGAUGCCAACACGGGCAAGAUCACCUUGGUCCUGCCGGGGAAGAAAUAUGAAGAAAUCCCGGAGACUGUUCAGCAGAGCCUAACGACCGUUGGGGCUUCCCAUGGUGUGCCAGACGAUUUGAAGGACUUCGCAUUCGUGCACUUCAGAUACAUUGCGAAAGGACUGGAGGAGGGGUGGUUCAAGCCGCAGCCGCAGGAGGUUGUGCCUGGUGGACUGGAAGGUGUCGAGGCCGGGUUAAGAAACUUGAAGGAAGGAAAGGCGAGUGCGGUGAAGUAUGUGUUCAAGAUUGAGGAUACGCCUGGUGUUGGACGUGGAUAA